AUGCGUGCAACAAUUCGAGAAGAAAUUGGUGAUUCUAAAUUUUGUAUAAUUAUUGAUGAAGCAAGAGAUGAGCCAAAACGAGAACAAAUGUCUGUGGUUUUGAGAUUUGUAGACAAGCACGGUUAUGUUCAAGAAAGAUUUUUUGAUCUUAUACAUGUUUCUGAUACGUGUUCUUUGACAUUGAAAACAGAAAUUUUAUCAGUUCUUUCUCGUCAUAAUCUUGAUGUUCAAAAUCUUAGGGGACAAGUGUAUGAUAGAGCUAGUAAUAUGCAUGGUGAAUGGAAUGGAUUGCAAGCUCUAUUUUUGAAAGAUUGUCCUUUUGCUUAUUACAUUCACUGUCUUGCUCAUCGAUUACAAUUAGCACUUGUUUUUGCAGCCAAAGAAGUUUGCUAUGUUCAUCAAUUCUUUUCAAAACUUACACUAAUUGUGAAUGUUGUGACUGUUUCUCCUAAACGUCAUGAUCAGUUAAGGGUUGCUCAAGCGAAUAAUGUUGCAAACUUAAUUGCCGAUGAUCAACUUGUGAGAGGUAGUGGACUUAAUCAAAUUGGUACUUUGCAAAGAGUUGUAGAUACUAGAUGGGGGUCUCAUUUGAAUUCUGUACGUAGCUUGCUAUGCAUGUUUGAUGUUACUUGUGAAGUUCUUGAAAAAAGUACUGAAGAAGGUAAUUUCUUCACUCGUGGUGAUGCUAGUGCUGCUUAUGAUGCUAUCACAUCCUUUGAAUUUGUCUUUGUUUUGCAUUUGAUGAGAAAUAUUUUGGAAGUUAGUCAUGAUCUUUGUCAAGCUUUGCAACGAAAAAAUCAAGACAUAUUGAAUACUUUAACUCUGGUUUCUACUACCAAGAAUUUAAUCCAACGAAUGAGAGAAUCAAGUUGGGAGACUUUCAUAAAAGAAGUUAUAUUUUGUGAGAAAUAUCAAGUUGAAGUUCCUGAUAUGAAUGCAUUGCAUAUUCCUAGAAGAGGCCGAACUCGCAAAAUUGUUGACCAAAUUUUAGUGGAGUAUUAUUACCGUGUUAAUUUAUUUUUAGCUGUAAUUGAUACACAGUUGCAAGAGUUUAAUGGAAGAUUCAAUGAUAAUAUGGUGCAAUUACUUACUUUAAGUUCAACUUUAGAUCCCAGAGAUAAUUAUAAGUUCUUCAGUGUCAACAAAGUAUGUGAAUUAAUAGAACGAUUUUAUCCAGGUGACUUCAGUGACCAAGAGAAAUUUCACAUUAUGCAAGCUCAACAUUAUGAACUUGAUGUUCCUAAUCAUGUUGAGUUAACUAACUUGUGCACAAUUUCGGAGUUAUGUCAAGGAUUAAUGAAGACAGGAAAAUCUUUAACAUAUCCUUUGAUUGAUCGUUUGAUUCGCUUGAAGAUUGCUGAAAGAUUUGACACCGAUUCGUUAGUAAAAGGGAUGUCAAUGGGGUGGGGCGGCGCGGGGGAUGCCUCCUUGCUCCCCGUUUCUGCCCCCAGAAUUAAUCUCUAUCCCCGCCCCGAUCUCCGCUGUGGGGGGAUAAUUGUCCUCAUCCCCAUUUCCCGCGUUUCCCGUAUUUUCUGCGGGCCCCAUUCCCCAUCCCCUGAUGUUUAA